GCAUUACACAAAAGCUCUUAACAAAUAACAGAAAAGAGAAAAGAACAGAAAAAUGAAUCACUUAUCACCACCCCCUUCACCGCACUCUCAAUCCGCGCAGUUAUCUAAUUUCGCUAAUCCCGCCCUACAUAUGAAUUUAGCUAAUUCGAAAAAUUGGAUACAAAGAGCCUCAACAUUCAACAAUGUAAUGGCUACAGCCGCAACCCAAAAGCUUAAUCCAAGAGAUCUGCCGCCUUUCCUCUACAAUCCUUUUUUAUACUCUAGCGCAUUAUUAUGGCCACAGUUUCUACUUUCUUCGGCCUCCGCUCUGAAUUCGCCAUAUACCCCAAUAACACCAAAAUCUCCGGCACCGAAUUUACAUAAUCGCGAUUAUACUUUGACGCCGGAAAAAGAAGAAUUAUUAGCUACCGGCCAGGCGGAUAGUUCUAGUGACACAGAGCAGCCCUUAAAUCUAUCUAUUAAACGUACACACACCAAAGUUGAAAGCCCCACCGUAAAUUACCUUAUAGAUGGUCAAAUAAAUAAAUUCGAGAGCUUAUCUCCACAGUCGUUAAGAGCUGUAGAUUUAAAAAUCACUGCAAGCAGCCCGCAAGAAGAUGAAGAAGAUGACGUUAAAUACUCUUCAACCAAGCGACGAUUGCAAGGAUCAUUAAUUUGGUCACCGGCAAGUAUGUGUGAGAAAUCUUCUAGAUAUUCUGGUAUACAAAAAGAUGUAGAAGACUGCGAACCUGAAAUGGAUCCAAUUGCACGGAAAUUUAAAUACGAGCGCCGUAGCAGCUUUGGUAGACAACAAAUGCAGGAUAAUAAUCUUUUAUCGCCAUUAACCUCAUCGACGGGUCCCGCAACAUAUCCGCGUGUGAUUAAUAAAAAUAGUUUCGAUUUAGAAACAGCUCAACAACAAAUCACUGCUCAUCGUCAAGCUUUUAUGGCCGGUUUAACCGGCAACAAUCUUGAAUUAUUGACACAACACUUAAAAGCUCAAACGCAAAGAGAACUGGAACUUUUGCGACAACAACGUGCCGAUAUGUUUAUGCAGCAGACAAUUGAUAAAAAUGUUGUUUCGAAGGAAAUUCAAUUAACGGAAGACCCCUACAAACCGGAUAUUAAUUUACAUCGUCAUCAUCACCAUCAUCAUCAUCAUCAUCUCUCUUCAUUUGUAAACGAACAAACGCAGCAGUCUCACCAAAAGCAACAGCAACACCAGCAACACCACCAGCAGCAGCAGCAGCAGCAGCAGCAACAGCAGCAGCCGCAACAGCAUCCUGACUCAACGGCAGUUAUAGUAAAUGCAGCAGAUGUACGUUCCCCAAUGUAUCAUGAUAGCGAUGGCUGUGUCAGUGGUAUUGGUAAUGGUGCUAGUGUUGGCGGCAAUGCCAGUAGUAAUGUCACUAAUAACGCUGAAAAACGUCCAGCUAGAAAUUUUCAGUGUAAACAAUGUGGCAAAACAUUUAAACGUUCUUCAACUUUAUCCACACACUUACUAAUACAUAGUGACACGCGGCCUUAUCCUUGUCAGUAUUGCGGCAAACGUUUUCAUCAGAAAUCCGAUAUGAAAAAACACACAUAUAUACAUACAGGUGAAAAACCCCAUAAAUGCACCGUGUGCCUGAAAGCAUUUAGUCAAAGUUCAAAUCUUAUUACGCAUAUGCGUAAACAUACCGGUUACAAACCGUUCGGCUGUGGAUUAUGUGAUCAAUCGUUUCAACGCAAGGUCGAUUUACGGCGUCAUCGCGAAAGUCGUCACGAAGAGCAGAUGACGACAACAGCAUUGGUUAAAAUGGAAGUAAGCAGCAGUUGUUAAAAGACUUUUUUCUGUUUUACUAUCUCCAGCAGGCCAGCAAGCAAGCAAGCAAGGAAGCAAGGAAGCAAGUAAGCAAGCCAGCAAGCGGAGAUAUUCAAUUAAUAUAAGUGUGUAUUUAAAUCCCAGUUGAUAUAUAUUAAAGCUAAGUCUCUCAAAGCCAAAGUUUAUAUAGGCUCUAUUUUUC